CCUCCUACUCCAUCCCAAGACAUUACUGAAAUCAUUAGCAGUGAUUUAUUUGAUGAGCUGCUUUUACAUCGGAAUAAUGUUGCUUGUCCUGCUAGGGGCUUCUAUACCUACGAUGCCUUUGUACAAGCUGCCAGGAAUUUCAUUGGUUUUGGCACCACUGGCGAUAUUACUGACCGUAAAAGAGAGGUUGCUGCGUUCUUGGCUCAAACAUCGCAUGAAACUACUGGUGGUUGGGACACUGCACCUGAUGGCCCUUAUGCAUGGGGUUACUGUUUCAAAAGCGAAGUAGGCAAUCCUGAUGACAUGCCUUCCUAUUGCGAAUCAAACGUUGACUGGCCCUGCGCUCCUGGCAAGAAAUAUUAUGGACGAGGCCCCAUCCAAAUUUCAUACAACUACAAUUAUGGACCUUGUGGAGUCGCCAUAGGAGAAAACCUCCUAGGUGAUCCUGAUUUGGUGGCUGCAGACACAGUAAUCUCAUUCAAAACUGCACUUUGGUUCUGGAUGACUCCUCAACCACCAAAGCCUUCGAGUCAUGACAUUAUUCUCGGGAUAUGGGAGCCAACCCCAUCCGACAUAGCAGCCAAUAGGCUCCCUGGUUAUGGGGUCAUCACAAACAUCAUAAACGGAGGAUUGGAAUGUGGUCAUGGCCCUGACAAGAGGGUACAAAGUCGAAUUGGCUUUUACUUAAGGUACUGCCAAAUUCUAGAUGUUAGCCCUGGUGAGAACCUUGACUGCGGCGACCAGAGGUCUUUUGCGGACGGACUCCUGUUUAACUCUAUGUAGAAUAAGCAACUACUGUCGUACUAGUUCUUCUAAUUUCUCGUUUUAAUCCAUUAAGCGGAUGCUUGUAAUCGGAUAAUCGUGGGCAUGUGAUGACGCCAUAUAUAAGUAAACAAAUAAGGUUUAGAAUAUCCUCUAUAUAGUAUCAGCGUUAAUUA